AUGACUGUUCGUGAUGCCUUAAAUCAAGCAAUAGAUGAGGAAAUGGCUCGUGAUGAAACUGUUUUCCUACUAGGCGAAGAAGUUGCUCAAUAUGACGGUGCCUAUAAAGUCAGCAGGGGCCUGUGGAAGAAGUAUGGAGAUAAACGAGUCAUCGAUACCCCCAUCACAGAAGCCGGUUUCGCUGGUAUUGCCGUUGGAGCAGCGUUUGCUGGUUUGAAGCCAAUAUGCGAGUUCAUGACUUUCAACUUCUCGAUGCAAGGUAUUGAUCAAGUGGUAAACUCAGCGGCCAAGACAUUCUACAUGUCGGCGGGCGCUCUGCCAUCGUCGAUCGUGUUCAGAGGCCCCAAUGGAGCAGCGGCCGGAGUGGCGGCACAGCAUUCACAAUGCUUCGGCGCCUGGUACAGCCACUGCCCAGGCCUGAAGGUCCUCAUGCCCUACUCCUCGGAAGAUGCCAAAGGCCUCCUAAAGUCAGCAAUCAGAGAUCCGGAUCCAGUGGUGUUCCUAGAGGAUGAGAUUCUGUAUGGUGUCCCAUUCCCCAUGUCGGACGAGGCCCUCUCAAAGGAUUUCCUUAUCCCUAUAGGAAAGGCAAAGGUGGAACGUGAAGGGAAGCAUGUUUCCUUGGUGUGCGCUGGAAAAGGCACUGACACUGCACUGCUAGCAGCUGCACAGCUGGCGGGAGAAGGCAUUGAGUGCGAAGUGUUGAACCUCCGCUCGAUCCGGCCGCUCGACUUCGAGAGCAUAGCGCGCUCCAUCUCCAAAACCCACCAUCUGGUGACUGUCGAACAGGGUUGGCCGCAGAGCGGGAUCGGCGCGGAGAUCUGCGCGCGCGUGAUGGAGUCGCCCGCCUUCUUCGAGCUGGACGCGCCCGCGUGGCGGGUGACGGGCGCCGACGUGCCGAUGCCCUACGCGAGGGGGCUCGAGGCGCUCGCGCUGCCGCGGCCCAGCGACGUGGCCAGCGCCGUGCGCGCCGUGCUAGGCAACAACGACGUGGCCAGCGCCGUGCGCGCCGUGCUAGGCAACAAGUACGCUCUUCCGUUCAUUUCAUUCAUUCAUUCAUUCGAUCCUUCGCUCGCGCUGCCGCGGCCCAGCGACGUGGCCAGCGCCGUGCGCGCCGUGCUAGGCAACAAGUACGCUCUUCCGUUCAUUCAUUCAUUCAUUCAUUCAUUCGAUCCUUCGCUCGCGCUGCCGCGGCCCAGCGACGUGGCCAGCGCCGUGCGCGCCGUGCUAGGCAACAAGUACGCUCUUCCGUUCAUUCAUUCAUUCGAUCCUUCGCUCGCGCUGCCGCGGCCCAGCGACGUGGCCAGCGCCGUGCGCGCCGUGCUAGGCAACAACGACGUGGCCAGCGCCGUGCGCGCCGUGCUAGGCAACAAGUACGCUCUUCCAUUCAUUCAUUCAUUCAUUCAUUCAUUCGAUCCUUCGCUCGCGCUGCCGCGGCCCAGCGACGUGGCCAGCGCCGUGCGCGCCGUGCUAGGCAACAAGUACGCUCUUCCGUUCAUUCAUUCAUUCAUUCGAUCCUUCGCUCGCGCUGCCGCGGCCCAGCGACGUGGCCAGCGCCGUGCGCGCCGUGCUAGGCAACAACGACGUGGCCAGCGCCGUGCGCGCCGUGCUAGGCAACAAGUACGCUCUUCCAUUCAUUCAUUCAUUCAUUCAUUCGAUCCUUCGCUCGCGCUGCCGCGGCCCAGCGACGUGGCCAGCGCCGUGCGCGCCGUGCUAGGCAACAAGUACGCUCUUCCAUUCAUUCAUUCAUUCGAUCCUUCGCUCGCGCUGCCGCGGCCCAGCGACGUGGCCAGCGCCGUGCGCGCCGUGCUAGGCAACAAGUACGCUCUUCCGUUCGUUCAUUCAUUCAUUUAU